AUCGGUUUCACGGAGUCAAGGGCCCCACUCUUCUUCCCCCAAGCCUUUGCAGGCUCCGCCCCACCUCCAUCAUCGACGGCCACGUCUCCGUCCAGAUCCAGGCAGCUGGCAUCCUUCCAUAGUUCCGCCGCAGCUCCCCCCUGCCGCCUCUCUUCCUUCUCCUCCUGCAGGUAUCCUUGUCGCCCUCGUCCCCGCUCGAUUGCAGCCGAGUGGAGAUCCAUCCAGACUUGUGUUGAUUUCUUCUUCUCCUGACUCCUGCCGAUGGCCGAUCCGAAUGGCCCCGCUACUUCUCCGAUGGUCACGUAUCCCUUCUACCCCGCUGGGGCGUUUCCCCAGCAAGCCGGGGAUGAUCAGGCUCAGGGCCCGGGGAUAUAUGCCAUACAGCAGAAUCAACUAGCAGCGCCAAUGGGAAUGGGGUGUUAUGCUCCAACUACACUCGUACCGCUCACUUACAAGAUCCCAAUUGUCGGUGCUCCGGCUGGUGAAGAGAAUGUACAGAAUGCUGGGCAGCAAAAUGGACCUCAAAGACAAGUUGUUGUGAGGAGGUUUCACUUUGCUUUUCAGCUUGACUUGGCCCUGAUCAUCAAACUAGCAGCAGUGGUCUUUCUGUUUAGCCAAGAAGGCUCAAAACAAAGGCUGUUUCUUCUCAUACUGUUUGCCUCAUUGAUUUACUUAUAUCAAACUGGAGCAAUCACACCUUUUGUAAGAUGGCUUCAGCGAGCAGGAGGUGUGGCCGCUCGUCCACCACAGGCUCCUGCUCGAGUGGAGAAUCGUGCUCCUCUACCUGCCCAGAAUGAUGCCAAUGGCCAACCCAAUGAUCCUGCAAACCCUGAUCAAGCUGCAGAGAAUCAGGAACCAGGGGCUGCAGCUGGUAAUGAGAACCCACAAGCAGCGGAGGGAGAAGGCAACCAGCGCAAUUGGUUUGGAGGCAUAUUGAAAGAGGUCCAGCUGGUUGUUGUUGGGUUUGUUGCAUCACUUCUCCCUGGGUUUCAGCACAAUGAUUAGGCCUCAUCUCGUCACUGGAAUAAAGUUAUCGGCAGUGAUAUAGUUAUUGUGACAUAGGGAGAAAAGAAACAAUUAUAUCAAACGGCUAAAAAACUUCUGUUUAAGUGUAUACAUCAAUGUGUGGUUGUUGUUAAUGUUGUUUUGUCUCAUUUGCUUAUGUUCUCGUUGGUGGUACAUUUGUUGUAGAGCUUGAACUUAUCUUGGGAUAAUGGCAGUUCAAUGUAAAGAGUAGCCUGACGCCCUAUCAGAGAAACAGACUAUUAUUUGUGUUAGCAGAAACAUGGGAUGCUUGCACACAAGCACAGUAAGUUUCUGUUGUAAACAAUCAGAAACAUGAAGGAUGCAAGAGAAUCUUCAGGGCUGAAACCUCGGAUUUAUGACAUGGGAAUCACACCCAGGGGGACAGAGAUGUUCCCUUGUUCAAACAGAAAACUAGCAGAUGAUUCAUGUUAGAGUGAAAUAAAGCCAUUAUUACCAUUUUGUUGAUAAAUCAAUACAGUCUGCUGUGCAGGCAUACAUUCAGCUCCAA